AGACAACAAUCCAACUCACUACUGACUGAGCUAUUCCACUGUCCUAGCAGACAACAAUCCAACUCACUACUGACUGAGCUAUUCCACUGUCCUAGCAGUCAACAAUCCAACUCACUACUGACAGAGCUAUUCCACUGUCCUAGCAGUUGA